CAUCAUGUUAUAUUCCUGAGAAAUGUACAGCUCUAAACUGUUGCACAGAUAUUCCACUACUAAAUAUCACAGUACAAACUGGUAUUGAUCUAGAUCUAUGUAACUAUCAACUAACUGUGACCUUGGAAGAGGUUACACUGGAAUACACAUUGGUUGAUUUUGAAUAUGGAUCCUGGAAGAAAUUUUCAUUGUAUGGAUUAUUGGAGUUAAGUUUUAUGAUCGUAGAUCUGAGCAGCGAUGGUGUGGUAGUAUUCACUGUUAAUGUAUCAUCCUGUUUGGAAACAUCAGCAGAUUGUCUAUUUCAACAUACACUGCUGGAAGAUGUUACACUCCCAAAACCUAAUUGUAAUUUGAAUUCUGGAUUUAGAAUAACAAAUUUUUCACUAACAGAAUUUCUGGAUGAGAAAGGAAUAAGUUCAGAUGGAACACAGCUAUCCCUGUACAUAACAUCAGUUCUUCUUCAUGACCUUGGAGUGGGCCCAUUCCUACUUGAACAGCAAUGUGAUGCAAACAAUUUACCAUAUUAUCCCAGGCAAAAGGGAUGGAAUAUUGCUUGUCAGAAGGAGGUGAAUACAAUUCCACUGGACCAAUCUACUGUUUGUCAUCUCUAUGACUACUGUACUGGUAUCACCUGUUGUACUGAUGUAGAUAUCAUUGGCAGAUCAAUAAACACAUUUGUAACACUGGAUCCCUGUAACAGAAGGAUGAGUAUAGGGAUAGAAAAGCUUACUGUGAAUAUCAGUCUUUUUGAUUAUGAAUUUGGCAAGCAAGAACAUAUUAAGUUAUUUGGACUCUUUGGAUUAGACCUUUUGAUAGAAGAUUAUCCAACAGAGAGACAAUAUGAAGUGACAUUAGAUCUGAGUAUUUGUUUUGAGUCAGAUUCACCUUGUAUGAUAUCAGUCCCAGUUCUGAGGAAAACCAUUCUCCCCAAGACCAUAUGUGAGUGGAAAAGUGAUUUCAUCGAUCCAAAUUUUUCUUACAUGACAUUCCUGGAAGAGAAAGGUUUAAAGAAAGACCAUGUCCUAAGUGUGAAUGACAUGAAAGAUUUGAUGGACACACUUGGUAUCACAGAUUUCUUACAAAAACAGCCAUGUACCACAAGUGGAUGGAUAAAUGAGUGUAAUCAAUCCAUGGCUGCUUUACCCAGUAACACAGGACCAAUAGGAUGCCACAUUGGAGAUACUUGUAAUGCAGUAGACUGUUGUAUAACAUUGGAGAAGAUUGGCAGGUCAUUUGAAACUUUCAUCAACAUAGAGCCCUGCCUCUUCAAGCUGACUGUUGCUAUUGAACAACUGCAGUUCAGUAAAUGGUUGUUUGACUAUGAAUGGGGAUAUCCUGUCCAAGUCUGGCUGUUUGGAUUUAUUAGAAUGGAGUUUAGCAUUGUAGAUUUAACUGCAGAGGAACAGUACCUAAUAGAUUUAACACUGAGUGUGUGUAUGGAGGCUGACAGGUCUAUUCCUUGUGAUUUAUCAGUCCAAAUUUUCAACAAGCAUAAACUGCCUAAACAAAAAUGUAAUUGGGAUACAGGGUUCUUUAUUAAUGAUUUUUCUCUACAAAGCUGGUUACUUGAGGAAGGUUUCCCUGAUGUUUCUCCAUUGCCAGCCUACACAGUAUCACAGCUGUUGUCUGAUCUCCAUGUAGCUGCUUACUUACUAGAUAAUUCCUGUCAAAUAGACCAGGAAAGCAAUCAAAAUGGUUGGAGAAGUGAAUGUAACCGUGAUAUAACCUUACCUGCUCUGCCAAGUAACAUUGCGUGUCAUGUUUUUGAGACAUGUACAAGUAUAGAGUGUUGUGUAGAGAUACCAUUGCUCAAUACAACAUUGAACUUCUACCUAGAUGUAGAUACUUGUCGUUCUAGUGUUACUGUUGGAAUAGAAAGAUUGUACCACAAGUAUAGUUUGUUAGAUUAUACCUUUGGAGAAACAGAAAACUUUAAUUUGUUUGGAGUAACAAGACUGGAGUAUAAUCUUGAAGAUCUGAGACAACAAGAAAUGUUCAUUCUUCAGUUGACGUUCAGUAUUUGUCUGGAAUCAAAUGGUCCAUGUGAACUGGUUAUACCUAUUCUAGAAGACAUGAUAUUUCCCAAACCUGUAUGUCAAUCAGACACAGCUUUCAUGUCAAAAGGAUUUUCUCUGGAACAAUGGUACAGAGAAAGAAAAUUGUUGUUUGGCACUGUCUUACCUGGACACUAUGUAUCUGAACUGCUAGAACUAACAGGAUUGACAAGUUAUAUCAUUGAUGAUACCUGUCAUGUGAACACUCUUGAUGUAGAUGUCAGUGGUUGGAAAAUAGAUUGUAGUGAAAAUAGGCUUUUACCAAAUAUAUCAUCCUACCCUCUUGUUUGUCACCUGAAAAGUAGCUGUACUGAAAUAUCAUGCUGUUUGAAUGUUGACUUCAUAGAGAAAACCAUAGAAGUUUAUCUUAAACUGAACCAGGACUUGCAGUUACUGGAAAUUGGAAUAGGAAAACAUCAGUUGUUAUUGUCUUUGAUUGGAUUUGACUUUGGUAUUGAUCAUGAAUUUAGACUGUUGAAUGUAUUCAGAGUGCGGUACAACAUAUAUGAUUUAUUGAGUGAAAAUGAAUAUUUGGUAACCCUGGAAGUGUCGGUUUGUUGGGAAAGUUACAAACCUUGUGCCUGGUCUGGAUAUAUACUUCAAAGUACCAGACUACCAAAACUACAGAGGAAGUUACAGAAUAAUUUCAGCAUUAAAAAUUUUGAUCUGUCAGAUUGGACUUCUGAAAGAGGAAUUAAUGUGUCAUUCUUCAGGCAUCUUGAUCUCUUGAGACUAUACAAUGAUUUGGAUAUUGGAUGGUAUUUGUCAACUGUAUGUGUAAACAACACAACACAAAUCAAAAGUUUUGAUUCAGACUUUAAGAUUUGA